AUAUUUCUAUAUAUGUAUAAUUUAUUGACCCUGAAAGUCUGGUGUGAAAUCUUAAAUAUUUCUUUAUAACAUCAAAUGUUAAUGAGUAUAAAAUAAUCAACUAAUUGACUUCAUCAGGCAGUCAUCUGGAAACACAAGCAAACAGCCCUGUGGCUGUCAGCGUGUUUUGAUUCAGACAUUUCUGAGCUCUGAUUGGUGCACAGAAAUAAAUCAUCACAUUUUCCAACUCUUUGAACCACUGAGAAAAGGAAAACACAUACACACACACACCCACACACACACACACACACACACAAAUAUUCCCUUACAGUAGUUUCACAAUGGAAAGGUUGAGUGACUGUCAAUACAUAGUUGUGAAACUCCAACUUAGAGACCAUUCAUAGAGACAUGCCAUUAGCAUGUCAUGCUAAAAUCUACUCUCACAGAAGUGUGCCUGUCUUUAAGCAGCUCCUACACUUGUUAAGAAUACUUGCUUGAGGCGUGUGAUUAAAACAUUUAAGAUCCUGCCCUUUUUCUCUUUUCACAGUGACAAAAGGGAUCAUACGCCUGCAAGGUCAUAUCGGUCAUUUGCCAUUGUUCAGAUCAUGACGUUGAUUUAAGCAGAAAUGGCGUUUGACUCGAAAGGAACUUUGACUCUACUUGCCACGGAAAUACUGACCAACCACCUACAAGUCUAGCUGUGGUUUCUGUGAGAGGCAGGACCAUUUGACAGCCAACACGCCACCUGCAUGCACAUGAAACAAAAUAGACAUGAAACGCCUCUGUGCAGUUACCGGUACUUGAGCCAGUGUGCUUUCUCCUUCUAAUAAUAGUAAUACGUUUUUUUCUGUAUAUCAUCUCCUACGGAUGACUUCAGUGCGAAGUGUAUUCAUCGUUACAUGCAUAUCAUCCUCAGCUGCAAGAUACAAUCCCCGAAAAAGAUCAUCUCAGAGUUGUGGUGAAGUGCUUUCAGGACAGAUUCACAGUUCUUAAAUUCAUCAUUUCUGAGCAGAAGACACAAACAGAGCUGCAGAGAGAUAAAAUAAGCACCUACAUCUCUUUAGAGAACAUGCUGUGUCUUCUGACUGAGAGCGGGGUUAACCACAUGCAGACCUGAGGGGAGGGGAGGGUGAAGAAGAGGUUGCGAUGAAACAUCAGCUGAACAGUUCACAUGAAAAUUGAAAGUGCACUAAGUGCCAGCAUGUGCAGGUGACAGAAGAAGGCAAGCAUGGCAGCCGUACGGCGACUGAAAUAUGAAACGCUCUACACAAUAUAGCAGGAAACUUCUUGAGGAUGUACGAGAGCUUCCUUUUUUCAAGCCCGGUUGGUAUUUUGAGGUCUUAAGCAAUAUUUAGCGCCGUGCAGAGAAAGGAAGAGUUCACGAGUGAGGGAAGAUUGCAACAUGUGCAGAAGUGUGCCAAUAGUGUAGAGGAGAGGAUACAAGAACUAGCUGAGCCAGACUGACACAUACGGCUGUAUGUGCACAUAAACGCGUCCAUAUGUCUGUGUCCAGGGCGGUUCACAGUUCAGUCAAUGGGACCACAGCCAUCCCAUGGAGGAGCAGCAGGAGGAGGCUGUCGCUGCUGGAGCAGCUGAGGGGCUGUCAGGAGGCCUGGUGCCCUGGGGCACCCUGGGAUAGAGAGGAGGCCCACGCUGCCAUCCGUGGAACACCUGCUGGGAGUUUCCUGGUUGUUCGCGACUCUGCAACGUCUCAGCCCAGCCUGCUGUGUGUGUCCGAUGGAGGAGAAAAUGAAGCAGUGUUUGACCAUAAUAUCAAAAGCACAGACACAGGAGUCUUCCAGCUGGCCGAAUCUCGUCUUUCUUUCUCUGACUUGGCUCAGCUCGUGCUCUUCUACUCUUUGACCAGGGAUGUGUUGGCUGUUUGUCUUUCCAUUCCUUGCUGGAUCUAUGGUGUAACCGACAAGAACAAAGACCGCCUUGCUCAACUUGAACCAAAAACUUGGCUCUUCACACCCCCCGACCAGCACGCGGAUGAAAUGACCCAGAGGGAGCCAAGCAGCGUAAUGUGCUCCAUACAGUUGACUUCCACAAAUGGGGCCCUGUGUAUCAUCAAUCCCCUCUACCUCCGUGAACAUGGAGAUGAUUGGCUGACCAACAGGGCGACUGCAGCACAGUCCGCCACACAGCCAUCAAAUUACAGACGCGAGCGACGCCUCAGCACCACCAGAACAUGGGCAGGGGCGGGGUUACAAAGUAAACGAGCCAUCUCGUUGGACCAGGCACCCUCUGCUGCUGAUACGGAGAGUUCUGGUCUAACCAGAGCCAAGUCAGCUGAUUCACCAAAUUGCCCACCAACCCCGUCACCUACAGUGUCUUCUGCCGGGGUGGUUCUCAGGAGGCCCAGUAAAGAUUCCUCCUCCAACCUUCCUCAAAGAGAGAGUACAGAGAGCCUUCCUCCAUCUACUCCCUCCACCCCUGGAAGCCGAAACAGCACAGUGUUUGAGCCACAGCCCCACGGCAGCCCUGUGCCUCAGUCUCCUCACAGGGUGUCCUGGAUUGAAGAUGGAGUCUGGCUACCCCCGCCGAGGCCCUCCUCUCUGCUACAGCCGCCGUCGCUGGAGCUCGACUCGCUGUCAAUCAGCAGCAUAGAGGAAGAGCAGGAGUCCCAAACGCCGAGUCCUAACCCGCACUACCCUUGUGCUCACCGGUUGGCUGACAAGGUCAUACAUCGGCUGUCGGCGGUGGGUCAGGCUAUCGGCGGGCUGGUGAGUCAGAAAAAAAGACUAACCAAUCGUGUUCAGGAGCUGAGUGAGCGGAAAGGUGAGCCGUUUGCAGAGGCGGUGAAAGAGUUUGUGGAGAUGGUGCUGAAGAGAAGCGCUGAUCCCAGUGGAGUCACGGGAAGUGAGUUCUUACAGGAAGUGAGGUCAUCGCUCACUUCACUGAAGGAGACUCUGCUGGACUGCCAAGAAAUCCAGACGUUGUUGGACAGCAUUACUGACAUGAAUGAUGCAGAGAUAGAGUCCUUGGUAGAGCUAUCACUGCACAAGGUGGCUCUGAAGCCUGUCUCCACACAACUCUACUCCUGCAUACUUUCCUCCCGGACUGAAGACGGUAGCUUCAAGUGUCUCCAGAACAACCUGCGCGUGCUGGAGAAGAAGGGGAUAGAGGAGCUAGGGGGGUCGGCUGGAGUUGGAGUUCCUGACUCUGCCACCCUGGAGCGGAUCCAGCAGAGGUGGACUAGUGUGCACGAGGCCUACUCACCGAACAAAAAGGUCCAGAUCCUGCUCAAAGUCUGCAAGAGCAUCUAUCACAGCAUGAGUGCUAAUGCUAGCUCAGGAAAAGUGUUUGGGGCAGAUGAUUUCCUGCCCUGCCUGACGUGGGUGCUGCUCCGUAGUGAUGUGUUCACCUUACAGCUAGACACAGACUACAUGAUGGAGCUGCUGGACCCUACACAGCUGCAGGGAGAGGGUGGCUACUACCUGACAACUCUAUACGCCUCUCUUUACUACAUCAGCAGCUUCCAGCCACGACUGCCCGCCCGUCAGCUCAGUGUCGAAGCCCAAAAGUCUCUCAACCAAUGGCAUCGCAGGCGCACCCUGCACUGCAACCAAUCGCGCCGCAGCAAGCACAGGCGUACCAUUCGCAGGUUGACGAGGGUCGCGCAGAACUUAGAAAGUGAAAGUACAGAGGACAGUGGGAAAGAAUCUGAUUCCGUUAAUACUGCUGCAUCACAGAGGCAGACCGAAGGCACCACGGAGGAUCUGCAAGAGACAAGCAGCGAACGAGGAGCUGAGGACAAAUCACAGACGUCCGCUCCAGCAUCGGACUGUAAUCAUAGUGACAGAGUAAGGAAAAAACAGGAUGAGGGACUGACUCUAUGUACAGUGGGGGAAGAGAACCACAUAGGGUUGUGACUGAGAGAGGAUGAAGGAUGGACCUGAGAAGCAAAGAAUAACAACCUGUUAACAACACCUUUUUUGACCAUUUAGACAUGGUCAGGGUAACCAAACAGUGUUCUCAGUGGGUCAAACUCUCCAUGCCACAUAAACCAACCUCACGUUUUUUCUUCUGUAGAGGUGAAAAGAAGAUGAGGGAGCUUUUGAUUAAUGCCAACCUGAAGGUGGAGACUCCUCUCCUGAGGUGAACCUGAGGGUCUUUUUGAAAGGGAUGCAGAAAUAUUUGUACUUUUCUAAAAAUGUCAGCUUCUUGUCUUGCAAAAUACUGGAUUUUAUUUUUAUUUACUUCCACAUAGGUCUAAAAUCUUUUCAAAUUAAAGCUGCUUUAAGCAUCAUUUUAGCUAACUUCCCAUCUGUUUUGCAGUGUUUUUUGACAGCUCUCUUUGCCUCCUUCUUUUCUUCAAGUUUUUGUCAUCAUUUGGUCUGUUUGGUAGUAUAAGCCGCCACCUGGAGCACAGGAAUUGGUUCCUCUUCUUGUUCCACCAUUGAUUCCAGGAGGAUCCUGCUCUCGGCCUGUUGACCGGCAGACAGGACCGCUUCUUUCUGGAGUUCUCUGUUGUGAUUGGAUAAAGUGGGCAGGGUUACCAGAAACUGUCUUUUCUCUUUUACUGCACAACCAGAAGGUGCAGAGACUUGGGUUGCUGACCAAACACUCUAUAACACUGAUUACUGUUGUAUAAUAGAGCUAUUUAACACUUAUCUUAAUUAAUAAAUAAUGCUUAAGGCAGCUUUAAAACAUUGGGGAGACAGAAAUCAGUUUUUAUUAAGUCCAUGCUGAGGCAAUAACUUGUGUCUAGGGGCCACAGUUGGAGAUUGCUCCAUUUUACGUGUUCUUGUUGGUUAGGAAGCACUGGCCUUGAUUAGCCCAAAUGUUACAUCAUUGUUUUAUUGUAAAGAAGAGAGGAGUUUGUUCAUAAGUUGACAAUUGUUCCCCCACAGCUGAUACCUGGGUUUACAUCUAAUAAUUCAUCACACUGGUCAAUUACUAAUAUAUUGCUAGUCAUCAGCCUUCAAUCCACUGUUUCCUUUGAAAUGUGGUAAACAUAAGCUUACAGUGAUGUUAUUUGAAGCAAGAGAUCUGUCGCCUUGUGUUAUUAAAUAAAUUGUCAUGACUGGUGGA